AUUACAGUAAUACACUUGUGAAUUUUCACAAAUAAUGUUAUUUGAUUUUAAGUAGGGGUGUGUGGCUGCCUUGCUAUGCUAUCUAGAAGAUCAUGCUGCUAUAAAGGCAGGAUGUUUCAAAUAAUCACUUCUGACAAGACAAUCACAUUGAAUUUGAAAUACUCCACAUAAGUAGCUAGUUAAAUGAUACUAACAUUAAGUAAAUUAUGAUUAAAUAUAGGCUACUGUCAAAAUUAAUUCUGUACACUGAAUAUGGAACCUAUUUGAACGUUCUUGUUUCAGGGGGACAUAAAUUACCCACAACAACUGUUUUUAAUAGGAAGAAUAUCGCAAGCAAUUCGUUAGUCAACGUUUCUGUAACUUCACUGUGCAUAUUUCUUUUUUUACAUUUAUUUUAGACACGAAUCAAGAAACUUGAUAUAAUAAUUGAUGUAUGAGCUUUACUUAGAAGAAUGUUAGUCAGUUAUAGUAGCAGCUCUGAAGAGGAGACAGAACAUUUACGAUUAGGAGGGGAUGUAACAAAAAGGAAGCAAAGUUGGCACAAAGAUGACAACUCAUUGAGGAAGAAGUACAAAUCAGAAGAGCGCACCCCCAAUGCAAGGGAGGACGAUGACUCCAAGUCAAGACUGCCUGUUCCUGGCAGUGUGCUGGACAUGUUCACAGAGGAAGAUGAGGACCCACUGACUGACGACAGCAUGCAACAUGGUGGACGGAUUCGAUCAUUUAAACACGAGAGCGGAAACUGGGCCACUUACGUGUACUUUCCAUACAUCCCAGAGGAAGGGUUCUUGGAGCUGCUUGAUGAGAUGACUGAAGUAGCAGCAUCCCAUAGCUUCUCCCUCACUCAUACAGAUGAGUUUCACCUCAGUUUAUCUAAGACAGUGGUUCUGAGGCAUCACUGGAUCCAGCCUUUCAUACAGUCCCUCAGAACAGGCUUGACACAUAGCAGGAGGUUCAUUUGUUCGGCUGAGAAGCUGAAGGUCUACUCUAAUGAUGAGAGAACCAGGACGUUCCUGGCUAUGGAAGUCUCCACAGGACAGGCUCAGCUACUAGAGCUUGUGAAAGCAGUGGAUAGCACUAUGGGGGAGUUCAACCUUGACACUUUUUACAAGAAUCCUUCCUUCCAUAUAAGUCUGGCCUGGUGUGUUGGUGACUGCACUGAACACAUUCGCAAAGAGUGUCUGCAGGAGUUGCAGGGUCUGGUUGACUCCCAUGAGGAUGGACCCUUCCUCUUGAGACUGGACUGUCAAGAGCUGCGCUGUAAGGCUGGGAACAAGACCUUUUCCAUUCCACUACACUGACGAAACCAGUUCUCAAUUCAGUCUGUGAUCAACUGUAAUGUUAGGAUACCUCAACAGUAAAAUGUGACGAUCAAAAGUA